CCCCGAACCGUUCCCCGCCAGUCCUGUGCCAGCGAGCGGAUCGCUAGUGGUCGUUCCACCUCUCUCAUAUGUCUCAGGCUCAUGGGAUGCAGGCUCUGCGCCGGGCGGAGCGGGACGAACGUGCGGACGUCCCUCGCGUUCGAGCGGCAGACGAGUACGGCCCGCGCCACGACUUUGACGAUGUGGAGCUCGAGCCCGCAUCUGCGUCGACGGUCUGCGACGAGUCCGACCCGGAGGCGCAGCUUCGCGCCGCCAUGAGCUACGACAAGCAAGCUGCGAACGCUAAGGGUGGCAAGACGCCGCUGAACUGGUUCCAGCUCGGGACGCUCUGCGCGGUGCGCAUCGUCGAGCCGAUCGCGUUCACGCAGAUCUUUCCCUACGUGAACGACAUGAUGGCCAGCUUCCGGCUCACGGACGACCCGUCGAAAGUCGGUUUCUAUAGUGGCAUGGUGGAGAGCAUAUUCGCAAUAGCGCAGCUGCUCUCCAUCUACCAAUGGGCUCGGCUCUCGGACCGGAUUGGACGACGACCCGUCCUUCUCAUAGGCACGACGGGACUGGCUAUCACGACGAUGCUCUUCGGCCUUUCAAGCACAUUGACUGAAACACUCGGCGCGCGAUUCCUCUCCGGCCUCUGUUCCGGCAACGUUGCGGUGAUGCACUCCGUCCUCGGCGAAUUAACCGACUCGUCGAAUCAAGCAGUCGCGUUUCCGAUAUACGGAUUGGUCUGGCCCGUCGGGGCUAUCUUAGGACCGCUGCUGGGAGGUACGCUAUCCCGUCCGGCGGAGAACUUCCCGGCGUUGUUCGAUACCGCGCUCUUCCGCCGUUUCCCUUUCUUCCUGCCUUGUUUGAUCGCCGGCGUGACCGCACUCGGCGGUUGUGUUCUCGGCUGGUUAUGGCUAGACGAGACCCUCCCAAGCAGGGUCAAAACCAAUAGACGGGCACAAGACGUCGAGCACAUCCCGUUGUCGUCGAAAGAAGGAAGUCAGCACCACGACUUGCAUUCGGCCCACGCCGAUCUGGACGAGCGGGGCGCAGAGCAUCAGCUCAGUCAUCGCGAGUACCCGCCCCACCGGUCCAGAUCGAGCUCAAGCUCCGAAACGCUAUACGAUCCAAACGAUCAAGACGGACAACCAUCCUCUCCCAAAAACAAAAGCCGCAGCCCCGCGGUUUCGAAUGGCCACGCGAUGCACGGCAGAGGUAGUGACCAGAAAGUGACGAUGCGCAGCUUGCUCUCGAUUGCCAUCAUCCGCGCUCUCUGUCUCUCGGGAAUGGCGCUCGCCUUCCUCAACACCGGCUUCGACGUCGUCUUUGUCCUCUUCUGCUACUCGCCCGUACGACUCGGCGGGCUCGGUUUAGACCCCUCGCAGAUCGGCUACAUCCUCUCGCUCUCGGGCGUAUGCUCGAUCGCGAUCCAGAUCUUCAUCAUGCCCACGCUCCUCCGCAAGUUCGACCUCGUCCGGAUGUACGGCGUCUGCAUGGCGAUCUGGCCCGCCGCGUUCGCGCUCAUGCCAGGUCUGAACGUGCUCGCGCGCGUGGACGGCAACCCGUUCACGUUCGGAUCCGUCUCGCUCGCCGGGGACGUGCUCGGGACGAACGGCGGUGGCGCGAACGGAACGCUCUUAGCGGCGAGGGAGAUCGCGCAUACCGCGUUGGAGGCCUCGGGCGCCGUGCACGAAGGCGUGGCGGGCGACUCCGGCGCGGCGGCGCUCGGCCCGCUGGUCUGGCUCGGGAUCGCGCUCAUCCUUUUCCUCGCGCGGUCGGCGUGCAUCGCCUACUCAUUGAGCAUGAUCCUCGUCAAGGAGAACGCGCCGAGCCCGGCCGCCCUCGGGACGACCAACGGCCUCGCGCAGGCGACCAUGUGCUUCGCCCGCGCGUUCAGUCCCGCGUUCGUGAGCUCGCUGUAUGCGAUUUCGGUGGACACCGGCCUGCUGGGCGGGUACGCGUGGGUCACGGUCAUGGUCGUCAUCUCCGUCUGCGCGUCGCGCAUCACGCGCACCAUCGAGCGCGAGACGAAGCGGGUCGGGCGCGGGCACGCCGAGCACGGUGCGGAGGCGCUCGUAGGAUUCGAGUGAGGCGCGCCCCUGGCCGUGCCCACCGCCGGUCCUUUUGCCACCGGCUCGAUCGAGACGCGAAUAUGACGAACGCGCUUCUUGCUUUGCAACACCGCGCGAAACGCUUCUCCCUCCGACCCUUUCUCCCCUCCACUCCUGGUUAUCGCUCCCUCGUUUCAUCGGCUCGCCGAGCCGCGGACGCCCACAUGCUGCAGAUUUCCCGGUAUCAUUCCAGCGCUGCGGCGGCGACGACACGUGAGUGCCGCUAACAUCAUAUGGUCUCCCGGUGGUGCGCGUAUGUCGAUGUCGACAAAAGUCGCAAAACGCUCCAGGCCCCACACCCAAAAAAAAAAAUCGAGUCGAACUGACGCCACCAACUCGCCUAUUAUUGGGAGGCCCCGAGCUCGCGCCCUGCGCCACCAACACGCGCGCACGCAUAGAAAGUCAUAGAACACCCAUAUACAUACGGAACAAAGCCCCUUUCCAACCUUGUUCCCCGGUCUCCAUUCAUAUCCACC